GGCAUUGUUUACAUUUUGAAUAAAACCUUUACUGGAUUAUGUAGAGGUUGAUCGAUAUAUUGAUCCGUACUAGACGAGUAUGCACAUAAUUUAUUGGAAAUAGGGAACCUCAAGAUAACGAAUAGACACAAUGGCGGAACUGGACAUUGCUACUCGACAGCGCCAGGUCGAGAUCCUGCAGAGCAUGGUUUCGAAAGACGAAGAUGAAAUAAUUUGGAUGUUGUCAUCAAACAAAGACAUCAUGAAGAAGGAAAUAGGAUUCGAUUAUGAGAGCUGUAACAGGAUGUGUAUUUGUGGUCAGAUGUUCGAAAAAUUGCGCCAUAAUAACCACGUGUUUCACAUUGAAAAAAUGUCCGUCUGGGUAUUAGAAGGACGCUGUCCUCACGUGGAGCAGACGACUGACUCUUCGCCACAGCAUGCAGCGACUACACUUCUUCUUUGUGCGUGCGCACUAGGGAAGUUGAGGGUUAUCAAAUUCUUAGUUCAUGAACAUGAUUGUACUCUAAAUGAACCUACAAAGGCGACCCUUUUUGCUCCUUUACAUUUUGCAAUUUACAACAGAGAUAUCGAGUUGUUUAAUUUUUUAACAUCGAAAAAAGUUAAUAUAAACGUUUGCUGCAGAGGAGAGGAAAGGUAUUCUUCUUUGAUGUUGGCAGUACUAGAAAACGCAGAAGAAAUUGUUCAAAUGUUGCUGAAAAUGGAAUCAUUGCAGAAGAAUUUCGUUAAUUCUUAUCAAAAGGGAGCUUUAUGCUGUGCAGUUGAAAUGAACAAUAAGAGAAUGGUUCAACUGCUAACUGACAAUGGAGUAAUGGCUACCCCGGGGACGCUUUACCGCGCCGAUAUCUAUGGUGAUGAUUACAUCACAGACCGUGUACUACUUACGCGUAAUGCUGACUUCUACACGCCACAACAACAGCAUACUCUUAUCUACUCAGCUGUUGUCAAAGGUAAAGCGAAUUCUUUGAAACUGCUUCUACAACAUGGCUUCCGACUUAACCAUCGUCCCGAUUAUCUCUGUCCCGAGGAAGAAGAUCCAUUAUUCCACGCGACCUCGCAGAACAACCCAGACAUGAUCAGUGUUUUGUUAGACCAUAAUGCAGACAUCAGCAGGAAAAUAUACGGCACCACCUCUUACGAUCUGGCAAGAAUUUUAGAUUUCAAAGACGCCAGUGUGAUCUUAGAAAAUGAAUUACGCAGAAAACGUCUUCCUGUUAAAUCGGAACUACCAAAAACUGCUAGUCCUUAUAUGACAAUUUUAACGCUUGCAGGAGUAAACAAAAAAGAAUUUGUAUCUAAACUAGUUUCAAAAGGUCUUGAUAUAAAUGCCAAUGGCGACGCAGGAUUCACCCCACUACACGAGUCCAUAAAUCGUGAAGACGAAGCUAUGGUGAAGCAUUUACUGCAGUGUGGUGCAGAUCCCAACCGCCAAAGUGCUGAACCUGGUUACAUGACGCCUCUUCACGUGGCGAUCAUAAAGGGGAAUCUAAACCUAGUGAAAAUGCUGCUCAGUUUGAAUGUCAAGAUGGAGGUCGUCCGCCCUGUGCUUGUGCUGUGGGGGACGGAUACUUAUUACACGGACUGGAUUGUGGACCCCAAACUGAUGCCACGUCAUCGCUCCUCUCUGUGUGACGCAGUCUGUAGAAAUUUUGUCACCAUUUCUCUCUUUCUGUUGGAGGCUGGGAAUGAUAUAGCCGAAGAAGAUCCCGAGAGCGUCAAAUUUAUGAUCAAACACACCAAAAGUGACGUCAUUCGCUUACGAUUACUGGAUCAUAUGCAAACCCCGCGUAGUUUGGGUGUGUUGUGUAGAAGUUACUUCAGGCGGAUGCACAGAAACGAUAUACAAGAAUUUGUGAAAUCUCAAGAACUUCCACAUUCGCUAAAACAAUCCUUAUUGUUACACGAUUUGAUUGAACCUUCGUUAUUUGUUAGGAGGGAUAAUAAACUAGCCACGUAUUAUCAGGACGAAUCUCUGAAAAUCAUGAGAGGACGCGGGGUGGUGUGCAUGCUAUUGGCAAUAUUGAAAAUCAGCGAUGCGCUUGAGACUAGCGAAGUAAACGAGCAUUCUCAACGACAGCCUGCAGAAGGGUGUACCAUCAGUUUACAAGACGAAGCAUUUGCAAAGUUUCUAGACGACCCAAAGAUUGUUCUCGCCGAGUUUAACUUCCAGCUUUUCAAUUAUUCUGUCAACCCCUUAAAGACUGACAUGUCCUCGAACUACAAACCAUGGCGCUGGCAUCGAACGCGCACCCAACAUGGACGCACUUUGCUAAUGUUGUCCUUUCACUACGAUGUCUUGUCCAUGUCCAUUUUGACCAUUGGUGUAGAACACCACAAUGUCGUGUUGAUGGACCACCCAUACGGAUGUUUUGGAAAUCGUUCAGCCUAUGAAAGAGUUGAUAUGAUAAGCGAUCUAAUACUGAACAACUUUCGAUUAGACGAAAAGUCGAGUUCGCAAAUACAAUUUGAAACACGUACAGAGAGAACAGUUUAUGUCUGUAACGAGGUUGUAAUGGAUAAAAAUGGUUAUGCGGACUUCAUCAAUCGUUGUUGUAGUCAAAAUCCGGACGGCAGUACUAAAUGUAGCCGCCAGGUCCAGCAGGGGUGGAUUUUGCUGCUGUACAUGUGCAUUACUUUUGUGAAGCUGAUGGUGUUUUUCUUUGCUCCGUUGAUUAUGCCCACCCAGAUGUACAAUGCUUCCUAUGUGGCCUCCGAAUACGCGGUCAAACUUUCAAAAGAGCUUAAACUCAAACUGUUUGUAACGGAGAGUACUCAGACCUCAGUGAGGUACAAAAAGAGAUUGACUCUGGAAGACAUCGCAGAUUGGAGACGGUUUCGCGAGAAUCUAGAAACAUGUCCGAUGGAUGAAGUCGUUCCCAUUACAGUUCCAGAGCUUAGAGUGAAAGUGAAGGGAAAACGUAUAAUUCCGGACAACGAUCCGCCAACAGGAGUGUUUAGAACACUGUACGACAAUCUUAUCCGAUGUAAAAUCAAAAGGUUGGAUCCCUUCACUGAAUGUUGUGACAUGAGCGUGUACGCAUCGCUGGAGCCGAUGAUCAAAAAUAAGUGCACUUGGCACAUGUGUGUGCAAUCUUUAGUCAAAGUAUUGCUUUUGUUACUUAUUCCUCUUCCGUUUUAUGUGCGUGUCUUUAUUUAUUACUACUUUGAAGAGGACGAAGUACUGCUAAGAAAAAAUGUAAUAAAGCACCUGGAUCUGAAAGAAGAAUUUGAUUUCUACAGAGGAAAUAUCAUCCAGUAUUUUUCUCCGACCCAUGGAGUUUUCAUUGCCACUUACGUGUUCUAUUUUCUCUCUGGGGCAAUCCUGGGUUUUUCCGACGAAUCCGUUAGGGAGAAACUAAAAUCCAUAUCAAGAGACUCGUUGCAAGAUAUGGCAAACGUAUCAAGAACAAGUGUUCUGCAAGUUCUGUUACGUAUUGGCCUGUGGCCUUUCAAAAGAUGCGGACUUGUAGCUAUAAUCAUUGCACCAUUGUAUUCGUUUGUUGCCGCACCUUUUUGUGGAGUUAUUUUUGCUCUUUAUUGCAUUCCUACCAUAUAUUUAUCAUAUAGGCUUUUAUUUCAUGCAAGGAAAAAGUUCAGUGAUGAUGACGACGAAUCUGAUCCAGACAAACCUAUGAGCAAGAAGAAAGAGAAACUUAUGAAGGUCCGGAGAAAAUUAUCUAAAAUCGACAAAAGUGUCCAUAGCCGUCAAGUAAAGUUGGAGGACACUAACAAUUACGUCAUGACGUGGGGCCAAGGGAAGUUAAAUGCUGUCCGGCGUUUCCUUAUCCAGUGCAUCGUAGGGAUGUUCUGUCUAUCUGUUCUUUACGCCAUUAUCCUGAUUAUUGUAGAGGCUGUGGGCUUGAUUGUGGAAGUUAUGGCUUUCACAAUGAUGGGGAUCAUCAUCAAUGCAGGAAGCACUCUUCGCUAUGUUUCCAUGGCGCUCCUUGUGAUAGUUUACAUGCACGAUUGUUACAGUAAUGUGUACGAGAGCUAUUUAACAUUUGACAAAAGUGUUGUGGAAGACAUCAUGGAUAGGGUAGAAGAUCUAAAGACAGUUGCUAGCCUGCCAUCUAACAUGCAAGAAAAUGUUGCCUUUCAGGUUAAACCUGUUGAAGCAGUAGAUGAAAUCCCAACUACUUUAACAUUCGAAAAGAAGGAACCUUCGUGGAAAAUUGGUCAUCUGUUGUUGUUUUUGGAUUCAUUUGAUACACCUAGAAUUCCUCUAAGAUUAUUCCAGAAAGUGUGUGAAGUCCGAGUGCAUGGUGCUCCAGGUCCAGUGUAUGUAAAUCUGCUGCGCGCCACUGGAAAAUUUCUCAUAAUUGUCAUAUUUUUGUUUUUUGUAAUGAUCGUUGUAAUGGCGUUUGGAAAUGUCCAUCAAGUUUCAUCUACUAAUCAAACAUUAGCAACUCUCGCGGGAGGUUUUGUGCCAAUGCUUUUGAAAAAUGUUCUCCCCAGAAAAUCUGUAAAACUGAAUUUAAAGACUUUGAGUUUCAAAGGACAAAUUGAUGAAAUAAUAUGCGACUUUAAACAAAACUGGCCAAUAUAUGACUUCAUUUUCAACAGAGACGAUGAAGUUGAACCAGAAAUACCACCUGAUGAUGUAGUGGAAGCAAACAAGGAAAGAAAACAGAGUUUAGGCAACGUCCUUGACGAAGCAGAAGGAGAUAGGCAAACCCUUCCAGAAGACAAGGUCAAAGAAAAGACAGUCAAUGACAAAUUAGAAAAGUACAUGAAAGAGGGUCUGGAGAAAAAGCUGUACACCGAAAAACGCCAAAAGGAACAAAACGGCCUUGUAAAAGACGAAACCAAUGGAGGAAAGAACAGUCUCGCUGUGGAUGACUUUUCGCGUCGGUUGUCUCUCGUGGAUGAUAACUUAGUGGACAUUUUUAUAGAUUUGAGUGUAGCCGAUACGUCCAUACCUUGGCAGAUCUACGGCUCUGUAGAAAGUCUACAGUCAGCGUCUAUGUUACCACCUGCCGAUUUUGAGAUGGAGGUGAAGGCUCCCUCAGCCAUUCCCGAAAUCAAAGUGGAGGCGUACUCUUAA